CCCAGGACCUCAUGAGGCUCCUAGCUCUCCUGAGUCUACUGGCCCUGGUGCUGCAGGGGGCAGGAGCAGCCUCUCUCCCAAAGGAGAGAGGAGGAGAAGAACAGAGUCCCGGGGAAGGUGAUGCUUAUGCCAUUCUGCAUGUGGGGAACUACAUGCUGAGCCUGGAUGACUACAGUGAGCUCAUAGACUUGAGCACCUACGAGGAGCCCGCAGACCAUGGGGACCAGCUUUCUGAGGUUAAGGUGAACAGCCUGGCUCUUCGAACAAGUGCCAGUCCCAUCCAGAGCACCACGGCUCUGAGGACAUCAUCAUCAAAUCCCACAGUGCCUACACCUACUGUGACCAGUCAACUGGAUCUGCCCACCUGCCUGGUGUGUGUGUGCCUCGGUUCCUCUGUGUACUGUGAUGAUGCGGACCUGGAGCACAUUCCUCCUCUGCCCCGGAUGACCACCUACCUGUAUGCCCGUUUCAACCACAUCAGCCACAUCCGGGCUACAGACUUCAAAGGGAUGACAAAACUGAAGAGGAUCGACCUCUCCGGCAACUCCAUCUCCUCCAUCGACAAGGACGCCUUCCACCUGCUGCCUGCCCUGCGGGAUCUGAUCCUCCCAGAGAACCAGCUGGCAACCCUGCCCAUGCUGCCCCACAGUGUUGAGUUCCUGGAUGUUCGCCAGAAUCGGCUGCAGAGCUCAGGGAUACAGCCUGAAGCCUUCGGGGCCCUGGAGAAGCUCCAGUUCCUCUACCUGGCAGACAACCUGCUGGAGUCCAUCCCUGGGCCUCUGCCCCUGAGCCUGCGCUCACUACACCUGCAGAAUAACAUGAUAGAGACCAUGAAGGAGGACGCCUUCUGUGACCCCAGGGAGCACAGACACACGCGCAGGCUGCUGGAAGACAUCCGCCUGGAUGGCAACCCCAUCAACCUGAGCCUCUUCCCCGAGGCCUACUUCUGCUUGCCUCGGCUCCCCCUGGGCCGCUUCACUUAGCUGCUACUGGUUCUCUCCCCCCAGGCAGAACCCUCAGAGGCCCGUUGAGGGCGCAACAGCCCCCUGCAUCUGCAUAGCAGCCUUCAGCCCAGGUACUGGACAGCCUCAUGAACCAUUUGUAAACAC